CGACGGUCGCGGGGCUGAGCCGCAAGCGCGGCUGGGACGUGGAUGCGGCCGCGGUCUCCCGCCCCGCCCCGCCGAGCUGGAGGUGUCCCUAGACAAGAUAUGAGAAAUGAGUGUGGGCCGUCGCAGAGUCAAGUUGCUCGGCAUCCUCAUGAUGGCAAAUGUCUUCAUUUAUCUGAUUGUGGAAGUCUCCAAAAACAGUAGCCAAGAAAAAAAUGGAAAGGGGGGAGUCAUAAUCCCGAAGGAGAAGUUCUGGAAGCUGCCCAGCCCUCCCCGGGCAUACUGGAACAGGGAACAGGGGAAGCUGAACAGGCGGUACAACCCCAUCUUGAACAGGGUGGCCAAUCAGACGGGGGAUCUAUACCCGUCUCCAAACACAAGCCACCUGAACUACUGUGAGCCGGACUCGACGGUCCUGACAGCUGUGACAGAUUUUAAUAAUCUGCCGGACAGAUUUAAAGACUUUCUCUUGUAUUUGAGAUGCCGAAACUACUCGCUGCUUAUAGAUCAACCGAAGAAAUGCGCAAAGAAGCCCUUCUUACUGUUGGCGAUAAAGUCCCUCAUUCCACAUUUCGCCAGAAGGCAAGCGAUUCGGGAAUCCUGGGGCCGAGAAACCAAUGUAGGGAACCAGACAGUAGUGAGGGUCUUCCUGCUGGGUAAGACACCCCCAGAGGACAACCACCCCGACCUCUCCGACAUGCUUAAGUUCGAGAGUGAGAAGCACCAGGACAUCCUCAUGUGGAACUAUAGAGACACGUUCUUCAACCUGUCCCUGAAGGAAGUGCUGUUUCUCCGGUGGGUGAGCACUUCCUGUCCAGACGCAGAGUUCGUCUUCAAGGGUGAUGAUGACGUGUUUGUGAACACCCAUCAUAUCCUCAAUUACUUGAAUAGCUUAUCCAGGAGCAAAGCCAAAGACUUGUUCAUAGGUGACGUGAUCCACAACGCUGGGCCUCAUCGGGAUAAGAAACUGAAGUACUACAUCCCGGAAGUCUUCUACACCGGGGUCUACCCACCGUACGCGGGGGGCGGGGGGUUCCUGUACUCCGGCCCCCUGGCCCUGAGGCUGAACAACGUGACUGACCGGGUCCAUCUCUAUCCUAUUGAUGAUGUUUAUACUGGAAUGUGCCUUCAGAAACUGGGCCUUGUUCCAGAGAAACACAAAGGCUUCAGGACAUUUGAUAUUGAAGAGAAAAAUAAGAAAAAUAUUUGUUCCUAUAUAGAUCUAAUGUUAGUACAUAGCAGAAAACCCCAAGAGAUGAUUGAUAUCUGGUCUCAGUUGCAAAGUCCUAAUUUAAAAUGCUAAAAUAUAUAUGAGCUACAUUUCACAGAAAGGCCUAGCCUGACUAGUUCCUGUGGUGUGCUUUCUCAGUAGGUGAGUUCUGUGUGAGGCCGUCAGCCUUCGUGAGCACCUGGGUCUCCAUGCCCUCAGCCCCUCCCUCGCAUUGUGAAGAGGGAAGGCUGAGGAUAACUCAGCGUGGCAGGGUGAGUGCUUCUCACCCUUCCUCUGGCUGCCGGUCCUCAGUUUCUAAUUUGUUUUCGUUCUCCUCCAGAAUUUGACCAUGAAGAUUUUUUGUCGUUGUUCUUGUAUAUGGUAUAUUGUAUGUGGUAUACUUUUGUUUCCACUCUAAUGAUGGAGAUAUAUAUAUAUACCAGGUGUAUAAACCUAUUGGCUUAUCAGGAUUUUGUAGGGCACAACCUGGUAGUUUUGUGAAAUGGAAUUCUAUGUAUUUUCAUAAGAUGUUGAAAGUUGUCUAGAAAGUGGACUGAUGUCAACCUUCCCUGUCACCCAGCAGUAUUGUCCUUGUUACUAGAAACCGUUACUUCCUUUACACAGGGAAGCAACGCAGCGCGUGUAUCAUGUUGCCAGGGCUUGUGGCCAUGAGGACAGAGGGAAUUUUCUUUUUCUUGUGCUUGUUUUCCUGGGUGGCAUCAUGGUAGUUAACCUAACUUUAGUAUUCUGAAGAUCAUGAGGGCGAUUCCCUAAUGGCUGACUGAAGACUGGGCAGCCCAACAGACAGCCGCAUGGGUCUGUGAGUGUUCGGCAUGGCCAGGAAGCAUUUGUGACUUCUGAGCUUCAGAAGCGGUUUGUCAGUUUAAAACUCUAAGAUUCUAUUCUUGCCAUAUUAUCACAUAUUCCUUAGAUAAAAUCCUCUUGGUCAGUGACGCUUCCCUGUCUUGGUGUAGAAGUGCCUAUGUUUUUAUUUAUUGUUCAGAUCAAAGACCAAAACAUUUUCUUAAAAAAAAUAUUUUGUGUAAUAUUUUAUUUGUAUACAGUGUUUGUGAAAUAUUUAACUAGAGCAUGAUAUUUUAUUUUUUUCCUCAUUUGUAAAAUUAGUUCUUUGAGAAUUUCAUACACUGUGUUUUGAUUGUAUCCUCCUCCCCAUCUCCCAGACCCAGACCCUAGCAUGAUGUUUUAAAUGUUAAGCUGUAACAUGUUAGAUAAAGUGAACUCUUAUUUUUGAAUUUUAAAAUUUGGAUGGGGGGGGGUGUGUGAACCGCUAGAGAAAAUAAAGUUCUGCCAAAAUAUUGCUUAUACUUCCGCCUUGUAACGUGCUUUCCUGAGAUGCCUGUGUGCUUUCGAGGGCUCUCAUUCUGUGCUAUGGGGGGCUGGGGAAAAGCGGAAAUAAAGUGAUUGUAUUUUUUAA